AUGCCACUAUUUACGCCGUCACAUGCCCGGCUUUUUGCGCGCACUUGGUGUUUUAAGGUCUGUAGUGGCCAGGUGGCCUUUGCAGGCUUUUCUCCCUCGCCCUCGCCGUCCCCGGCUCCCUCGCCCUCGCUGUUGCCGUCCCCGGCUCCGACUCCCUCUCCCUCUCCCCCGCCCUCGCCGGGUAAUUCGUGCCGUGACGAUUUCUCGCCUGCGCCUUCGGCCGGCUCAGACUCAGAGGAAGCCGAGGCGUACGGACCUGAAGAUACAUGGACUGUCGAUGCCGCCGGCGAGCCUCUCUUCUGCGGGGACCCCGCUGACGAAGUCACAAUAAUCGACCGAAUGAUAACCUAUCAACACAAAAAGACUGGGGAGACGAACAAAUUCUUCUUUCAAUGCGAUCAAGCCGAUUACGACAGACAUCCCGUCAAAACCCUCGAGGCCCAGGAGACAAGCAGCAGGAAGAAAGCAAAAGACUGCCCCUUUCGCAUAUGCCUUCAGAGAAAGGAUCGUGAUGACGGCUGGACUGCUAGGCCGCUCAACCUCACACACAAAGGUCAUGGACCCUCAGGCUCUCCUUCACAGCAUGAAAUGUUUCGCCGUAAAGCAACCUAUCAGGAAGAGGAGGACUACAUCAUCGAUUUAACGCAUCAGUCGAUUCCAGCGAAGGCAGCCCUCCGCCUCUUCAAGACGAAGUUCCCAUAUUCUAACAUCAUCACGGCCGACGUCUACAACAUCAUGCGGGACUACAGGCAGUCACAGAGAGACGGCUACGCUGAUGCCCAAGCAUUUGUCAAGAAGCUAGAAUCGGGAGAUUACUAUUGUAACAUCAUCUACAAGGACAACACGAAAACAAAGAUGUUACAUGCCUUCUGGGUAACACGGCGUCAGUUGAAGAUGUGGGCGAAGUUCGGGGCCUGCAUAGGCAUCGAUGCAACCUACCGCGCAAACAACCUGCGCAUGCCUUUAUUGGUCGGCGCCUUGAUCAUGUUUUUCCCUGACUUACAGAGACAGCGUUGUGUGUGGCACAUGAAUUGCAACAUGGUGUUGUACAUCAAGAAAUACUGGAUCAAGCCCCCAACCGACCGGCCUACCCGGAAUGCCACUGCCGCCGAGAGAGCCGGGGACUCCGGGGACUCCGGGGACUCCGAGGACGACGACGACGACGACGACGAUGCCGAGGACAUCGCUACGAUGAAUGCCCUCAACUCGAAGACCCAGUCGACGAAGAAAGGUCCCGUUGUUCUCGGCGCUGUACCAACGAAGGUGGCCAACACAAGAGCGGGUCUUUUCGAGCUUUGGAAGCAUAUGGUGUUUAGUCGGUCGGUCCGGGACUUCAACAAAGCGAAGACUAUAUUGAAUCUGGGCGGGCUGUUAUACGAAGAUGUACAGGAAUGCGGGCGUGCGAACCACAUUGCCAAAUGA